AAUAGGUGCCUGACUCCAAAUCUUAAAAACAUCACUGCCAUCUAUAGUUUGUGUUCGUUAAGAUGGAGUCGAGUUUCAACGUCUGCAGGAAAGGAAGAUUCCGCUGAGCUCUUCUACCUUUCGUAGUCAAUUAACGUAGGAGUAUUGCAAGAUCCUCAAGCAAAUUCUGCAUCUGACUAAACAUGGCGGAUGAGUCCGCUCCAAUUUUUAACUCAGAGACGCAACCUGAAUCACAACUUCAAUUUUCGGAGAUGCGACAUGAAGUCAACCACGACGACUGGCUGUUCAUGGAUUUGGAACUUGUCACCCCUUUAUCUUGUACAAUCGGUGGAUCAUUGGAGGCUCAAAACGACCAGACUCGAGUGGAACCGUAUGAAGCUUCAUUUCGAGCAAGAACUAUAAACAGUGGACUGAUGGAGGCUCAAAACGACCAGACUCGAGUGGAACCGUAUGAAGCUUCAUUUCGAGAAAGAACUAUAAACAGUGGACUGAUGGAGGCUCAAAAUGACCGGACUCAAGUCGAACCAUCUGAAGCUUCAUUUCGAGCAAAACUAUAAACAGUGGACUGGUGGAGGCUCAAAAGGACCAGACUCCAGUCGAACCGUCUGAAGCUUCAUUUCGAGCAAAAACUAUAAGCAAUGGACCGAUGGAGGCUCCAAUUACCAGACUCAAGCCGAAACAUCUGAAGCUUCAUAUCCACCAAUAUCAGGAAGUGGAAAAUCUGAAAUUACUCCGGCUAGAGCAAAGAAAAGAAACGCUGACAAAAUGUGUCGCAGUAAGAUUGAGGGCAAUUUGGAUAUUGCUUAUGGUCUUGCAUCUAGUUGCAGCGAGGCCUCAGAACGAAGGCCAACUAAGGCAAGAAAGUUAGCAGAAAUCGCGGUCCAUAUGAAGUCACUUGAACUGAAAAAUGAGGCACAUCAACAAGAAAAUGAGACACUUAAACGGAAAUACGAGGCAGUUCAACUAGAAAACGAGGCACUUCAACUAGAAAAUGAGACGUUAAAGCAAAAUUCAAUGAUUGAAAAGUUUCCUUCGACUAGUAAUGCGAUUGAGACUGACAUUCUUAAGAAGAUUGAAGCCGAUGAUGUGAGUCGAGUGACGUUGAAAGACUUCAACUUAGAUGGUCCGCUCAAAACGGUGGGCAAAUAUAGUGUCCCACUCUCUUUAUGUGAGACCGCAAAGCAAAUCAACGAAGUUUGUGGUGAUAUAUCUGCCACAAGUAAAUUUAAUAUGGAUAGUAAUCAGGGGAUCUAUCAAAUGUUUUGUGCUAUAAUCAAAGAGAUGAAGGAUUUACAGUUCGAAGAAAUAACCGAAGAUCAGAUAUUGAAGUGGAGAGAUGUAAUCAAUGAUGCUUUACGCAUGAAUUUUAAUGUGGGUUUUGCAAUGGAACACUUAAAGAAAAUUGCCAAAGCUUACGAUGGUGCAAUGCGGCUCAUAAAGCUGGAUAAUGUGAAUUCAAGGAUAUUCAAUUUGAAAGCUCAAUUGAGUGCUGCGAAAGUGGAGCAGUACGAGAUAUCUAAAAUCUCUCAGGUAUAUAUGGAUGCUGCACAACAGUUCGUUGGCAAGCGUGUUAGUUCAGGUAUGUUUGAGAGUGCCAUAGUCACAGCUAGGGGCAAUAGCUAAAUCUCGUAUGAUGGAGCGUAUCAUGUUGCAGAGGAGUUUUUUCUAAUAUGUAGUUUUUUUUUUUCGAUGUCUUUGACUUUUAUUAGUA